AUGUCAAAGCAAUUUUAUUUGUUUAAAAAAGCUGUGAGAAAUGGAGUGGAAGAUAAUAUAUUUUUGACCUUAUGGGACUUUGUAGAGUCCUGGACUUCUCAAAAUGAUUGGAUGGCAAUCUUCUUUAUAAUUUUCCUAGGAAUUAUUUUUGAGAUCCUACUCCUAAGGAUUUGUACAUCCUUUCAGAAAAAGCCUGCACUUGCAGAAAAGGGUAAUUCGGAUUCUCAGGAGAAUGACGACAGUUCCCUGAAAAGCCUGACAUUUGAUAAUUGGUCAACUCAUUCAUCUUCAGAAGAAAGAGUUGAUGACUUUUCAGAAAGAAUAGUUACUUCAUCACUUACAUCUGAAGAAAAUGAAGGUAACAUUGAAAAAAGAGUCUCACCAGCAGAUGAAAUAAUGUGUGCAGAUACCAGGGAAAGUAAAUAUCAAAAAAAUUACUUUCGUGAAAGUCAUACGGCAUCUUCAACUGGGACUAGUUCAUCUUUGUCACCAUUUCAUUCAGAAAUAAAGAAAAUUUUUCUAAGCCAUAGACAGUAUCCAGAAAAUGAAAAUAAAAUACAAUGUUCAUCAAAGAAAUUAUUUUCAAUAAUGAAAACCAACAAAAAUAAAAGUGUAAUGUUUUCCUCUGACUUUAACUUUCCAAGAACCUCUGGAAUCACUACAGAAAGUGAAGAUCUCGAUGUGGCACCAUGCCCUCCCGCCCAUUUGUUUCUAUCUAGAGACCAAGUCAGACUUCUGGAAGAAAAUUUAAAAAAUCAAAUUCCUUUAAAACCCAAUGCUACAUUAGAGAGUAAAACUACUCUGUGCUCAAGACCUCAAGAGUCCUUGAUUCAGAAUCAACGUUCUGUUAGAAUGGAUAUUUCUGCCCAAGCACAAGAUUCUUUUCCAGCACAAAGUGCUAUUCAUAAUCAAGGAUUUUAUGAAACCCAAUUUACUAAUCAAGCUCAACAAUUUGUUAAUCACCAAGACUUAAUCAACAGCCAGCCUGAUAUUGAGUCCAGACACUUCGCUGUACCUCAAGAUUUAAGGAGAAAACCAUUUUCCAGCAGCACACAAGACCCCUUCCAGACCCAAGCCAUGGACAGGAGCCAACAUUUGGUCAAAGUCCCAUAUUCUGUUGAGACUCGAGAUUCAAUCAAAGGCCUAGAGUGUGAUAAAAAUCCCACAGAUGAGGUCCAAUAUUAUGGUCGGUCUGAAGAGUCAUAUAAGAUCAGAUAUUCAAUCCAGGGGCAAAAUACUACUAUUUUUAAAAAUGCCAGAUCUCUAGUUUUAGCUCUAAGUCCAAAUUCAGUUGCUAAAGGGAUGCCACAACUAAAGAGCAUAAAGCCAAAAAGCCAGAAACAAAUUGCUACAUCAAAAUUAAACCAGUAUUCUGUAUAUGGCUUAGUAUCUCUUUCAUCUGCCAUUAAAAGGCGGAAAAACAGAAGAAAAACAUUACACAGUAAAACUAAAUCCAGUCUCAAAGUUCCAUCUGCAAAGUCAAAGAAAACACCACCUUCAUGGGUAUUUCAAAUCGCAGUAUGUCACACUUCAAAACGUAGCAAGUUAGGAUGCAAGUAUUAUAGUAAGAAGAAAGAAUUACAUCAAAGUGAGGAAAUGGAAUGCAAUAUUAGAAGCAACAUUAAAAAUAUGCAAGAUAAAAGAAUAUCUGAUGCAUUUCACAAUGCCACCAACACUAUGAUUUCUGAACCACCUGAUACAGAAAUGCAUAGCGAAUUAAAAGCCAAAACAGAUACACCAAGAAUAAUAGGACUUAGUCAUUCAGUGGUAAAGCAAGAAAAAUUACCAGAUGAAAAGAAAAUAUGGAAUGCAAAAUGCAUUGAGAAGGGAUAUGUAUUUAAAAAGCCACAAGAACAUGACAGAGAGGAAGAGGAACAAAUUCUGCAAGAAGCAGUUUCACAGCUGACACAAGAUUUCGGGUUCAGCCAACAACUAAAGCAGAAGCCCAAAUCUGUUGAAUUUCAAAUAGGACAGAGCAGUUCAGGAAGUAGAAAAACUCAAAAUAAAGAGCAAGAGAUACAACCACAAACUCUUUCUACACAAACAAUUUUGGGGACUUGUCUAUGCCCCACCAUGGAUCCAUUUCAAGUUGAGAAGGUGAAGCAAAGUGGAGACAGACCGACAGGCAGAGAAACUGCAGAUCCGAAGACUCCCCUUACAGUACCAAAGGACGUACCAGCUGGGGAAGUUUUCACAGAAAUGCCAGAAUGGGGUGUCCCAUUUGGUGAAAGCCCCAGACAGACACCGGAUGAUCAUAUCGCAAAAGAAAAGGAAGACCUGAGGUCUUUCGUUACCCAUGUGCUUCCUUUAUCAUAUGUUAAAAGGCAGAAAAUCAGAAAAAAAAUAGCAGGAACGAUAAGUGUACUCAAUCCCAAAUGUGUAAAUAUGAAAGUAAAGAAGCCAGCAAUUUUACUGAUGCCUUAUCUCAACAGACAUGGUACUCUAUGUCUUAGAAAAAGACUGAGCGGCAAUUUAAACAUCCUAAUUAAACAGAUGCUUCCAGCUAAAAUUAUGGCAGACGUGCGUCUGAAUGUCAUUUACUCUCACGUGUCUAUUUUGCCUCGUGUUAGAACACACAGCAGAUUAAAUGCAGAAAAUCACCAUCAUAUGAAGCUAAAACAAGAGAAAUCACAAAUUGAGAGGGAAGAAAUUAAUAAAGAAGGUGACUCUGGAAACACACUAGAAGAAGCUAAAUUGCAAGAUGAACUGAGAGGGAACAAGGAAACUCCACCAAAAGCAGUCCUUAAUGAUAGCUGGAGUCUCAGAUUGGAUGCACAUCCAGAGAAGGAACUUAAAACAGAGGAAGAAAAUCAUCAACCAAUCACAUCUGCAGAAACCAUUAUGGAGUCUGUUUCCUCCUUCAUAAUGGACCCAUCUCAUGCUGAGAAUAUGAAGAAAAGCCUAACAACACAGACAGACUUAAAAUGCACUGCAGAUUCUGAGAUACCUCCUCAUACAUUAGAAAAAUCACUCAUUGGAGACCCUUUAAACCAAACAAGAGAAAGUGAUGUUUCAGAUUAUGGAAGUGAUACAAGAGAAAUGGAUUACUGUUUUGCAGAAACAAUGGCAGAAUUACCAAAAGAUUUACCCGCAACUUUCCCAGAGACUUUUAAUUGCCACGUGCCUGAUUUAACUCAUUCUAAAGUGAAGGAAAAGAGGGUAAGAUUCUCACACAUAAAUUGUACAGUGAGACCCAAGUCUAUACCAAUGAAGACAACGAAGCCUUCAGUUUCACAAUUAUUUAAUGUCACAGGUCACAGAGAGAAACUGGAAUCCAACUUUAAGACCCAGCUUGAAAUAAUCAACCAAGCUAAUGGAUUGGCAUAUGAAUUCCUAAAUGCCCUUUAUUCUCCCAUGCAUAGCAGAUUACAAGGAGAGGCAAAUGGCUUCUGUCAUGCGCAGUUAAAGCAAGGAGAACUCAGAGAUGAAGGGAGACCACGGUAUGUUGAUUUCUUUGAUAAGAGGAAUGCAUUUGACAACAAAGAAGCAAAAGUGCAAGACGGAGAGGAAGUGGAGCAGAAACCUUUGCUAGACGCAGCUCCUCAACAUACCAGAUGCUUCUCGGCUGAUGCAUGUCAAGGGGAGGAGACCCACCUUGACAAACCAGACCCAGCACUGAACUGUUUAACACAGGAGCUGCAGUACCAAACAUGUGUUACACAAACUGCUUUACAGACUGACCUCCAGACAGGUCCUAGAGAAGCUGAGGAACCCCAGAAAACCAACAAAACAGAAAAUGCCAUAACAGCUAAUAUGGGUCUGAAGAUUCCACCUCCCAAAGCAGCUCUACCAGCUCCAGAGAAUAACCAAGACUUCAUAGUCAAUGCAUAUCAGGAGAACCGUGACCUUGUUCAACCAGAUGAGGAACUGAAACAACCAGAAAGUAUAUAUAUUCAAGCACAACCACAAAUGCACAGUAUACAAACUAUUUUGGAUUCUGCUCCAUGCCCCAUAUUGGAUCAUUUUCAAUUUGGAAAGGUAGAGAAUGGUGCUAGGUUUUCACCUCCAAAGUCAGGGGAAGCAAAGAUUGAUAAAAUCAUAUUUUCUACAAGAGAGGGUGGUGUCCCAUCUGAAGCAAACCAUCCAAAGGAACAGGCUGGUGAUAUUGAAAAGCAAGAGACAGUGACUUUUGAUUGCUGCAUGCCUGCUUGUUCUACAUCCAAAAGGAAGAGAAACUUCAAACAAUAUUUAGGCAUGAAAACUUUAGUGAAUCCCAAAUGUGAAAUUUUAAAAGCAAAGAAACCAUCGAUUUCAUACAUACUCAAUAUCAAGGGUAGUCCAAGCCAUAGAAAAGAACUGGGAUUUAACUUGACAACCAAAACGAAAGAAGUGCAUCAAGGUAAAAAAAUGGCAGAUAAAAUGUGCUCCUUCAUGAGUAUUAUACAUGACACUAAUAUGUAUAGCGAGAUAGAAAGAGAAAAAGAUAGGUUAGGAGAAGAAAGACUGAGUUCUAAACAAGGAAGGCAAGCAAUAUCACAUGAAGGGAAUAUUAUUUCAGAUGACACCAAAGAAACCAAUCUUCAAGGUGAAGAGGAAGAAAACAGUGAACAGGAGACAUUAUUAAAAGUAGUUCUGCAACACAGCCAGCAUUUCGUAUUCUGUUCAGACCAGAGGGCGGAGCUUGACCUUCACAAAUCAGAAAACAAAAGAAGUAGGAAAAUACUGUUUGCUGUAGAACAAGAUGUCCCACAACAAAUGCAGCCUACAGAUCCAGUGCAGGUAGAGGAACCAAAGAGAAGCCACCAGACACAAAAUGUCACAAUAUAUACAGCAAGUUCAAAGUUUCCUCUAAUAAAGUCAAAGGAAUCACUGGUUGGUGAAGGUUUAAUAGAUACAAUGACAUGUAGUGAUGCAAGUGAUGGGAGCCACACAGAGAAACUGUACAGUCAUGGUAAGGAGGAAAAGACAGAGUUUAAAAAAGAUCAACAAGCCACUGUCCUGGAGUCUUUGGAUGUCACCACCCCUGACCCAUCUGAAUCUAAAAGGCAGAGAAAGACAUUUACAUGUACAGCCUUAAAAAUUAGAAUGAGUCCCAAAGGUGUAAUUAUGAAGGCAAGGAAGACACCAAUUUCACAGAUAUUUACCAUCCCAGGGAAUGGUUGUCUAAAAAACCUACCUUUCAAGACCCUGAAAUCACAGAUUAUUGACUUUUUACUUUAUAUGAAACAUUUUGCGGUACUGGAAGAUCUUACAGUAGAGAGAAAGGAAGGAUUAGCACAAGAAUUACCAGCAAUGAUUCUCGAGUCUUUGGAUGUAUCAACACUUGCUUUACCUACAUCUAAGAGAAACAUUCUAAAACUUAUACACAAGAAAAAUAAAAUGAGUCCCAAAUGUGUAACGUUGAAGGCAAAGAAGUCACCAACUUCCCAGACAUUUAAUAUCACAAAACGUGGUACACCCAUCCAUGGAAGGCAAUUUGAAUGCAACUUCAAAACCAUGAUGAAGCAACGUAAACCUGUGGCGCAUAUAAUGCUAAAUGCUAUUUCCUCUGCCAUGCCUAUUUCACUUGACAUGAAAGUACGUAAGAGAAUAAAAGUUGAAACAGACAUGCCCUGGAAGAUGAGAUUCAGUCAUGAACCGCGACAGCAAGAGCCGUCACCAGAUGGAGAGAGAGCCUGGUGUGCUGGUUCUAGUGAUAAGAGGGACAGCACCUCAGAGAGCACAAAGGAAGUCCAAGAUAGAGAAGCAGUUCCUCGGGAUUCUCAACACUUCAGUUUCAAAGCUCAUAAAAUUAAGGAGCCUCACUUUGUGAAAUCAGAUCUAGAACUGAAGAAUUCAGCAAGGAAAAAAGUCCCAGAAUCACUCCCCACAGCACAGGAGAUGCAGCAACAAACACUUUUCACACAAAGUGUAUUGCGUUCUAUUUCUUGCUCUAUUUUGAAUUUACUUCCAUUUGAGAAGCUACCAAAAAGAACAGAAACACAAAAAGGAUUAAAUGAUACAGGGAGUCCAAAGAUUUUAUCUCUGAUGCCAAGCAAGUCAAUUAGUGAAUCUUUAAUUGUUACAGCACAGAGUGGCCUCCCAUUUGAGAAAAGCCCUCAGAAGGAAGUUGCUAGUUCUAUGCCAGAGGGAGAGAUAAGGUUACAAAAGGAUUUCCAAGAGAGAACCCUAGAGCCUUUUGAUGUCUCCAUGCCAGCUUCAUCUGAGUUUAAAGGGCAGGGAAAUGCAGCACAAAUCCGUAAGUCUAGAACUGGGGCAGCGCAGAUGGCAUCAGUUUUAAGGACAGUUAAUGUCACUAGGUCUGGUGCCCUUCGCCAUGGAAAGGAACAGGAUCACAUCUUGGAAAACAUGACCAAAGAAAUACCUCUAGGUAUGUCAAAUAUAUUUAUAAAUACCUUUCUCUCAUCUACACCUGUUUCACCUGCCGUCAAAACGCAUAAAAAAGUAAAAGCAAAGAAAGGCCCAUUAAUAAAAACCAAUAUUACACAUCUAAAGCAAGAUGAAGGGAAAACACUGAAUACAUAUGCCUCUAAUAAAUGGAGUACCUCAAACAACACAUCAGAAUCAAGAUGGCAAAAUGAAAAAGAAAAAGAGGGCAACGAACUGUUAUUGGAAGCACAUCUACAAUUCCUGAAUGGUAUAGGAAGUGGAAAAGAUCAAAAUAUGCUUAUUGUAGAGCAAGAAGUACAACAAAAGACACUGGUUUCAGCAAAUAUAUUGGAGUCGACUUGUUCUCCACUGAUCCCAACUAAAAAUCUGAAGAAGAAUAUUCCACCACAAAAAGCCAUACGACAUAGAAUUGGUGAAAAGAUUCCACAUCCAAAACCAGGGAAAGCAAUGUUUGAUGAUCUUUUAAUCAAUGAAACUACAUUUGAUGGGAGCCCUACAAGAAAGCUGGAUGUUAACAGUGCAGUUUACCUACAAUCUGAAGAAGAAAAGGAAGACAUAAAAACAAUAAAAUACACAGUUGAUCAAAAUAUCCCACCAACCAAGUCAGGGAGCUCAGUGCUUGGAGAGCCAUGUAAUAAAAGCUGUAGAAGGAAAGUGGGAGGUCCUAUUGCCAAGAACCAUGAAGACUUGCAAAGAGAAUUACUAACAGUGUCUACAACGUCUGUUUUGUCUGAGUCUAACAGGCAGAAAAAGGUAUUAAAAUUUCCAGAAAGGAAAAAUCUUACCUAUUUUUGGAAUCUAAAGACUCCAUUUUCAAAAGCAGGGAAAUCAGAGACUGAUUCAAUACAAUGUGACACUCUCUGGGAUGGAAAUCCUAGGAUGAAAUUUGCAAAAGCAGCAAAUGUGAAAAACAGUGUACAUACUAAACAGGCAAAAGUGAAGACAAAGAAACCACUUGGUUCCCAGAUGCCUAAUACUACAGGAUAUGGAGCCCAAAGCAACAAAAAGAAACUGAGAUGUGACAUUCAUACACAGAAGAAGGCGUUCCAGCAAGGUAAAACUGUAGCAGAUUUAGUCUUGAGCCCUAUUUGUGACUCUGGAUCUAUUCCAUCUCAAAUUAAAGGGUUUGUGGAAGUAAAAAGAGAGACAGACAAGUCAAGAAAGGUGAUACGCGUUCCUCCACCAUUAAAGCUGAACAAAUCACUAAGAAGAAAAAUGUCAUCUUCACAGUCCACUGAUAAGAGUGUUAUAUCAAGAAAUAUUAAAACACUGAAACAAUAUAUUACAGAGCAAAAAGAUAACCACCAAACUGUUUUACUAGACAUUCUCUCACAAGGUAGAGAUCAGUUAGUGAUUAACCAACAAGUGGAGAAAGAGCCUGACCAUGUCAAAUUAGCAGUAGAUUUGGGAAGAGACGUAUAUCUUGAUCUCUCCUCACAGGAGAGGCAAAUCAAUUACACUAGGUUUGACAUCCCCCAAAUUAGAACACAUACAGAAAUUGAAUUCCUUACUGCACCAAGAAUAAAGGAUGGAGAUGUAGACAUUGUCGAAUGUUCAGUUUCAUUUCCAUGGGGGAGAGAAGUAUCAGAGAAAACUGGUAAUUCAUUAAGUUCAAAAGGACAGAAUAUGUUCCUUACAGAGUUGGAUGCUUCUCAACAGAAGAUUUGCAAAGAGCAAGAACUGCUGAAACAAGGAAAUACUUCAAUGACAAAUCUGGAGUCUACUGCCUGCCCCAUUACGGAACCUCCUAAUUUGGAAAACACAGGAAAGGUAGCUGAGAAAGACAUGUACAUUAAUAGAAAAAAUAUUUCACAUCUAUUGGGAAGAGAAGGAUUAAAAGAAACUGAUAUCUUACAAGGACAGAAAUUUCCCUGUAUAAAUCUAGAAGUAGAGCAAAAUAUGUCUGCAGUGAAACCAGAUCACAUCCCUGAAAGUAUUCUGGAUUCUGUAUCUUGCCCCAAUAGGGAACCUCUUCAUGUAAAACAGUCAGUAAAUACAACAAGGGAAGAAAAUGUUAGCAUCCCUAUAAGCUUAGAUGUAAACCCAUGGAAAAAAGAGCAAUUAAAGUUAACUGAUAUUCCAUUAAAAUCAAAUAGACAGAAAAUGAACUUUUCAGAAAAAACAAGGGCAAAGCAACUCAAUAGUUCUAAAGAAAAUAUUGUGGAAUCCAUUUCCUCUUGUAUAUUGCAUCAUCUCCAUAUUGAACAGCUAAAGAAAGAAGUCUCAGCAAAAGGAAUAAAAUCAACAGUUUUGGGUCAAACGGUAGAGAAAUCGUCAAAGGAAGCAGGUAUUCCAGUGGACCAACCUCCGUGCUCAGAAGGAAUUAAUUUGCACAUUAGAGGAAGAAAAGAGCAUCAACAAGAAAGUAUGUGCAAAGUUCUUCCAACAUCUAUUUCUUAUUCUUCAUUGGAUAUACUUCAGAUUAAGUCUCCAUGGGUAAAGAAAGCAUUCAAGGCCGUAGACAGUCCAACACAGCACACUUCAAAUACAGAAGGAAAAGAAGAGCAACCAGAAUGAAUUGGCUCACUUAUUACAAGAAAAGGAGAACAGCAAGAAAAAUGUACAUGUGAGAUGCUUCCAAAGCCUGCAUCCUACUCCAAAACAGGUCUACUUCAAAUUAAUACCCCAUUGCAACAAGUAAAAUCAGAUGACACAAACAUGAUGCAUUGUGAAUAUUUAACUUCACAAGCUAAAGAAGCAUUAAAAGUAAUGGAUGACAUAGUUGGAUAUACUCAAAAAAGUGAAAAAAGACAAAACUUAUUCAGUAUAGAACAAAAACAACAGCACCUGUUGAUCCCCUGUGAGAAUUUUCUGGAGCAUAUGUCUUACCCUCAAAAUGAUCCGUGGCUCCGGCAAAACUUAAUGCCUCAGACAAAGAAAGCAUUAUCAGAAGUAGGUAGUGUGUCAAGCAGGGCAACAGGAUUAGACUUGUUUUCUAAAGAUCAACCAAAUACUGUAUGUGAGUAUGAACUGGAAUGUACUGUGCCCUCAAUUCCUCCAAAGCAAAUGAAAAAACAAAAUGCAGCUCUGCCUUUAGAAUCAUGCAGUGAAACUAUAAAACAUCUGAAUGUUUCAUUUCCAAAAGGAAAGAAAUCAUUGGAUAGGGCACAGGUAAUUGAUUUAACAUCUAAUGGCAGCUCCCCUAGGCUAAGAAUUAGAAAGAAGGUGCCAUUAUGUAAGGCAUAUCAAAAAAAGGUACAAAAAGAUAUAUGCUUACCUGGAAUGUUUUCACAUUCUCCUUCUGUCUUCAUGCCUAUUUUGCCUGAGAGUAAAAUACAGAAGGAUAGCGUAAAGCAAAGAGUUAAGAAAGACAUAAUAUGCUCCAGAAGAAGAACUUUGAAGUUGAAGAAAUCAGUAUUUCCAAGUACACUCGAUAUCACUGACUGUGGUACCCCAGGCAACAGACCAGAACUGCAGUGCAACAUAAAAGAGAAAACGGUAAAUAAGAAACAAAGAAAGGGUAAACCUGAUUUGGUUGUGACAAAUAUAUAUGAGUUUAUUCCUGCUUUACCUCACCUCAAAUUGAAUACACAGACAGUUGAUGGGAUUAUCACAAAUAAUUUUAAAAGAACAAAACAACAUAUAUCACAGACAAAGGAGGAGGAUAGAAUCAAAGGAGUUAAUAUGAAAGGAAUAAUGAAUCUCAAUGUGAUUUUGAAGGGAAAGAAAUCAUCGCUGUCACAUACACUCGAUAGAAAGGAAAUGCCUGUGCAAAUAAAGCAAGAGAGCAAGAUGCAGAUAGGUGAAGGUAAAUCAGGUGUGAAACUGACAACCUUAUGUACUUCCUUACCAUCUCUAUCAUGUCCUAAUUGGAAUUCAAGAAUAAAAGUAGGAGAAGAUAAAGCAGGAAUACUAAGGAGCUGUCUUCCACCACUAAAGCUCCAGGCAUCGUCAGAUGUUAGGAAAACAUCAUUUGCAGAGUCAAUUAAUAGAGAUAGUUUAAGCAAUGUAAUAAAACCAAAGCAACAUUUGCCACAGAAAAAGAGGGAAGACAGAGAAAAUAUAGUAUAUGUGAAAAACAUAAUGGGCUUCAAAUGUAUCACUUUUAAAGGGAAGAAGACACCUUUUAAACACAUACUGCAUGGAAAAGAACCACAGUGGAAAAAUAAAGAACAAGAGAAAGUGAUGCAGGAAGAUAAAAGUGAUCUGCAUGUAGUUCAGAAUAAAGCCCAUGCUUCCAUUCCUUCUUUACCUUACCUGGAACAGAGUCCUGGAAUAAAAGGAGUAUAUAUGCGAGGAAUAACAAGAUGCUGUUUUCCAUUAACACUCCAAGAAUUAACAGAUGCAGUGGAAAUAUUUGAGGAGCCAACUGGUGAUACUUCAAGCAGUAUUAAAAAAGCAAAAUUUAGGCCACAUAAAGAGGAAGAUAGAGUUGAAAUGGCUUUGGAAGACAUAAGGCAUCCCAAAAGAAUAGCUUUGAAGGCGAAGCAGCCUCCAAUUGCACAGGAAUUACAGUUGAACAUCAAAGAAAAAGAGAAAAAGCUUCAGGAAGAUAAAGAUAAACAAGUUGGGAUGCAGAGCAAAUUUUGUGCUUUCAUUUCUUUGCCACCUUACUCUGCAGUGAAUAUAAGAAUAAAAGGAGAAGCAGCUAUGCUAAUAAAAACGAGAUCCUCUUUUCUACAACCAAAAUUUCAGGGGUCAGCAGAUAUAGGAAAAAUGGUGUAUAAAAAGUCUCUUUAUGGUGAUAUCUCAAACAGUGUAAAAAAAGCCAAAGAACAUACAAUGCAGGAAAAAGAUGAGAGAAUAAAAAUGGCAAAAGCCAUACCUUUGAAGAAAAUGAAAUCAUCCAUUUCACAGGAAAUCCAGUGGGACAUCAAAGAGCAAGAGAAAAAGAUACAAAAUUUUAAAUGUCAAUCAAGUGUGAUUCUGACCAAUACCAGCACUUCCAUGCCUGAUGCUUCUCACUUAAAAUUGGAUACAAAAAUAAAAAAAGCAGACUAUUUAACUGAAGUAAGGAGAUACUCUCUUCCAGAACUAUCACACCACAAAUCAUCAGAUGCAGAGAAAAGAGAAUAUACAAAGUCAGUUGGGGGUGAUAUCAUCUCAGAUGUAAAAUCAGGACAAGACUACGAGCCACAAAAAGGAGAGAAAGGAGGAAAAAUAGUAACUACAAAAGAUAUAAUGUACUGCAAAAACACAACUUCUAAGGCAAAGACAUUACCACUUCCACGUGUACUUGGUACCCCUAGAGAUUGUGGCUCCCAAAUUAAAGAAGUACAGACAAACAUAAAAGAAAAAUUGGGACACACACAGGAAAGGAAAAGUGAACUAGAUGAAGUUCUGACAAGACCUUCUUUACCUCAAUUUAAAUUCAACAAAAGUAGAGAAGGCAAGGAAGAGAAGCGAGGAAUAACAAGACCCUUUCUUUCGUGCUCAUGGCAGAAGGAAUCAUCAGAUGCAGACAAAUUAAAAUAUACAGUGUCAUCUUUGAAUGAUAUCUCAAGUGAUUCAAAAAGAACAAAAUACAUGAUGCGGAAAGAAGAGGAUAAAGCAUACGUUUUUAAGAAAGACACAAUGCAUCCCAUGUGUGCAGCUUUGAAAGCAAAGACAUCACCCCUUUUCCAUAUACUCAAAACAAAAGAAUUGCAAGUGAAUAUGGAAGGGCAAAUGAAAAGGGGGCAGGAAAGUAACAAGGACACAAUUGUGAGUGAAAUUUGUCCUUUUGUUACUUCCUUAACACAUCCUAAAUUGGAUGCAAUAAAAGAAGAGGAAGGUGAACCAGGAAUAAUAAGAAAUUAUGUGCCAUGUCUUGAGUUCCAACAGUCAUUGUCUUCAGGGCAAAUAGCCUUUACAAAGUUCACUGACAGCUAUGUAGAGAAAGGAAAACAGCAUCUACCACAGAAAGAAAAGGACAGAUUACAGUUCCCUGUGUCAUCAGGUGCUGAGGAAAUCAAAUAUGCAGAUUCCAAUGAAGAGAUCAGCUCAUGUAAUGUAAUAAUAAAAGUUAGUCAACAUAUGCCAUGUACAGAGGCAAAGGACAAAGUAAAAAUAGAAGAUGGGAAAGGUAGGCUAUUCCCCCAAAUAACUUUAAGAGCAGAGAUAUCACCACUUACACAUCUACUCAGUAGAAAGAGACUGCAUUUGAAUAUUGAAGAGCAAUGGAAAGAUGUGCACGAAGGCCAAGGUAAGUCAGAAGUGGUUCUGAGGAAAACUUCUGCUUCCUUACCUUUUCCAUCUCCCCUGAAACAGGAGACUAGAAUGAAUGGAAAGGAAGACACACUAAGAGAAACACAAUCCCAUUUUCCACCACUGAAGAGUCAGGAUCCAUCCAAUCCAGGCAAAAAAGCAUAUACUAAGUCAUUUGAUGGCUAUAUGUUAAAAGAGGAAGACAGACCCAAAAUAGAUAUUGAAGACAACAUGUUCCCAAUAGAUAUGGAUCUGAUGGCAAAGAAAUUACCACUUCCACAUAUACUCAAUACCAAAGAAUUGCAGUGGAAAAUUAAAGAGCAAAAGAGAAAGGUACAGGAAGAUAAAAAUAAACUAGUUACAAAUGUGAAAAACAUUUGUACUUCUUUACUGACCCUACCAUAUCUUAAAUUUGAUACAACAGAAGAAGAGGGGUACAUGAUAAGAGUUACGAAGUUGCCUUUGCCACAACUACAGUCCAAGGAAUUAUCAGAUGCAGCAAAAAUAGCAUAUGCAGAAACUGAUGGAGAACUUUCCAGUAAUAUAAAAGAAUUCAAAGAACACAUGCUACAUAAAGAAGAGAAGGAUAGAGACAAAAAAGUAGAUGUGAAUGGUGUAGUAGAUCCCAAUGAUAUGUUUUUGAAUGCAAAGAAAUCACCUAUUUUACUUCCAUGCAAUCUGGGGGACCUGCAAUGGAAAACUGAAGAGCAAGAGGGGAAGGUUCGGGAGGCUCCCUGUGAGCCAGUGGGAGUAAUGCUGACUAAGACUUGUGCUUCUACACCCUCCCCGCUUCACCAUAACAUGGAUACCAGAAUCAAGGAAAAGAGCACACCCACAUUAACAAGAUCCUCUGUUUCCCCAGUACACGUCCAGGAAUUAGCAGAUUCUGAGGAAGUGGUAUACAUAGGGCCAAUUACAAGCGAUAUUUGGAUCCGUCCACAAAAAGGAAAACAGUGCACGCCACAGGACAAGGAAGAAGAUGGAGUGGAGAUAAUAAACCUCAUGUUCCCCAGACACCAAGAAAAGAAGAUACAGGAAAGGAAAGAUGAACCAGGUGUGCUCCUGACCCAAUCUCCUACUUCAUUACCCUCUCUCCCUCACAUCAAUUUGGGUAAAGAAAUACUAGUAGGUGAUGAAAUGCUAGUACUUAAAAGGUCUGUUUUGCAGAGAAUAUCAAAUGCGGGGGAAAUAGUACAUCCUGAGCCAAUUAAUGGAGAGAUCAUAAAAGAUGUUCAAAGCAAGAAACAGCAUGUACCUCAGAAAGAAGAGAGGGACAGAGAAAAAACAGUAGCUGUGAGAGUUUUGACUCAUACCACAGAUAGAACUUUGAAGUCAAAGAAAUCACCCCCAUAUGUGCUCCAUAGAACAGAAGUGCAUUUGAACAUUGGAAGGCAAGAACAGAAGAAACAUGAAGGUCAAGGUAAACCACCCAGUAUGGUGCUAAGAAAAGUGUAUGUUUCCAAACCUCCUCCAACUAACCUUAAGUUGGAUAAAGGUACACAAGUAGAUGGAGAAGGGCUUAGAGUUAAAAGACCCUGUCUAUUUCCACUAAGGCUUUCAGCAUUAUCAGAUGCCGAGAAGACAGUAAAUACAGAGGCAAUUGGUGGUGGUGUAAGGAAAAGAAAACAAUAUAUAUCACAGAAAGAAAAAAUGCAUGAAGUAGACAUGAGGAUCAGGAUGCAACACAAGGAGGCCAGGAUUUCACCAAUUUCCCAUAUAUUUAAUACAAAGGAAUUUGUGUUGAAUAUUAAAAAGCUGAAGGAAAAAGUGCACAACAAUAAAGACGAACAAUGUAUGGUUCGGACAAGCACUUUUCUUUCCAUCCCAUCAGCACCUCCCCUUUAUCUAGAUUCAGGGAGCAAAAGAGACAAAGACACACCAAGAAUGAGAGGAUCCGCUUGUCUGCAGAAAAAACCCCAGGAAUCAUUAGAUACCCAGACAACAGCUAUUAGAGAGUCAGUUCCUGGUAGUAAAAUCGUUCUGAAAAAAGCAGGAUGCGCUGUACCACGAGAAGAGGCAGUGCAACAGUGGACCUCAAACUUUAUGAUCAGUGUACAGCGGAGGAAUGAGAUGCCACAAGCCAAAUCUGAAGGAGAUCUGAGUCAGUUAAUUGUAAGUUCACAGCACGAGGACAUUCCUUUCACAGGAUUGGAUACCCUGAGAGGUGGAAAAAGGCCAGAAUGUUUCUGUACAGGGCUAAAGGCUCAGCCAGAAAAGUCCAACCCAGAAACUUUUACUACAUUUCUUCCCUACCCCACAGUGAAUCCAACUAAAAUUGAAAAUCUGAAGAAAGAAACCAAAAUAAUGGAUCACUUAAAGCAUAAAACAGGUCCUCAGACUUCAGUUUCACUGCCAAAGGAAAUAUCUGAGGAACUAUGUGUCACAUUGGGCACCCCUGUAAGUUCAAAAGCAUUUUCUAUUUCUGAGGAAGAUGACCACCAAACAUUAUCAAAAGUAUCUCUAGGCUCUGCAGAUUCAUGUAAAUUUGAUAAGCCAGAGAAAGAUGUACAAAGUAAUGACAACAUGAGCAAAAUGUUCUCUUCCAAAGUAUUAGCACAACAGAUAAAGGGGUCACUUAAGAAAAUGCAUAUCAAAAAGUCAAAUACUCACCAAAAUAUAGAAGAACAAGAAAUUGUCAUGAAAAAGCUGGGGGUACAGCAGAUUGAGAGUGGACACAAGACCAGGCUGAACUCAAGCCUUUCUCUUAAGUUUGCACUUCAAAAUGGAAAGCAGGAGACACCCUUGGAAAUAGGGGUACAUGAGCAAACUGCAAUGUACCCUGGAAUACAAACACUACCAGGAAUGCAUAUGGGUAUUACAGAGUUGGAUACCACACGAGGGAAAAAAGUACAGGCACUGCUUAUCCUAGAACAAGACGAAUGCAUUCUAAAAUCGCUCCAGCAGUCUCCUUCCCCCCGCGGGACUUUCCCACUUCAAUCUGGAGAUCAGAAAGAGAAAAACGAAACUGACACAAGCAAGACUAUAAAUGCAAACCAAAAAGAAUUAGAAAUGGAAGACGGGAAAUUAAAGAUAGACACAAACAUAGCUGUCCAUCUGAAAGAGGACAAAAUAGAAAUGCACAAACACACCAUUGUCAAUUUGGAGAAGGAGAUAAUAAAAAUGGAUACAAGCAAUACUAUAAACCUGAAAGCUCCAUCUGUAAAAGCAGAGACAUCUCAAGUUAAGACUCAAGUCAUCACUGAUGAGGCAAACAGCUGCCCAAUCAAGCAAAAACAUAAAAAGAAACUGGAAAUAUGUAAUGCAAAACAAAACAUUCAGCCACAAAAAUUGUUUCAGAAACAUAUGCUGGAUUCACUGUAUGCCUAUAUUCCUCUUUCUCACAAAUUUGAAGGCCAGAAAGGCAGAUUAACAAUAGCAGAUUUGAAAAGAGAAAUGUGCCCCCAAUUUUCAACCAUGACAAUCCCAAAGCAUCCAGUAUUACAGAUUCUUGGCAACACAGGACACGGGACUCGAAGCAAUAGAAAGAAAUUAGAGUAUGAUUUUAACAAACCAAAACAAAUAGCUUUGUGGAAGGAAGGUGCCUCAGGAAUAUUUAUCAGAAGUCUUUCUAUUUCCAUGAUGAGUCCAUCUCAGACGGAAGAAACAAUAGAAUCUGAGAUGAACCUAAAAAGAGAAAAGAGAAUCUGUCUUUCUAAAUUCCAGGAGAAGUCACCAAAUGCUAGUAAAGUUGUUAAGAGGAACAAAUCAAGCACUAUAAAAAAAUGGGACCAGAAUUUUACAAACAUAGUUCCAGAAGAUUCCUACCCCUUCGUGGUGGACCAACAGCAAAUGCAAAAACUUCCUGGUGUCAAACCAGAAGCAAACCUCAGCAGUGAAAUAAAUAAGAAAAAUUUAACUCCACAAACAGAAGAAAGGGUUGUUCCAGGGCAUGUUAUCUCAAGGAUCACAAAAGAACCUGACUUGCUUAUGAUCGAGCAACAAGAAAAGGAGCCAAAACCCAUUCUGACACCCACAGAGUGUCCAUGCGUAUCUGAAGAUCCAAAGGAAAAUUGUGCCUCGCCACCUGUGCAUAGGGGUCAGAGUGAACCCAUCCAGAACACAACCACACAAACAGUCCAACAACAAAACCCUUUUUCAGGAACUGUACCCAUACCACCCCAAGUUAAAAGUAAUGAAAUAAAAAUAGUGGCAGAUAGUACAAAUGCAGAAAGUUUACUUCCUCUUUACGAAGCAAUUAAAAAUGUCUUUGAGUCCCAGCUAAAAAAUAUGACCCAAGACAAAGUUUAUGCUGAUAUAGUGGGAAAAGUACAGGUCCUUAAACCUGAGGAUUGGAAGUCACCACCUUUUGCAUGGGGUCCAGAUACAACAUCCACGAAGAUACAUCCUAGAUUGCAGCCAAAACCCAUUUUAAAAUGUUUGACUCCCAAAUUAAAAAAUAAGCUCGCCAGUCAUUUGGAGUCAAAGGCACUUGAAAUACAACUGAAUCUGAUACCAGAGAUGGCAAAACAGUCCUUCCAAAAGUUCAACUUUUAUCUCAAACUGGCUAUUUCAGAAGAAAAGAGUUGGAGGCUUUAUCCAAGACAUAAAAAAAUGUACUUUUUGCCUCUAGAAGGGAUUGAUACUAUCGAUCUUAACUUAAAACACAAAUACCGAAAAGAUUCACCUCAGGUCAGCUGUAUGAAGACACUGAUUGUGGAUGUUUCAAGUGGCAGCAAGGAGAAUACUACAAAGUUGAAGAGUAUUAAAAAGCUAGAAAGUGGAGCAUCUGCAGUGACUUCUGCUAAUGAGAUGCCAUUGUCUCAUAUUCUCCAGAAAUACCCAGUAGAAGAAAAAGACAAACUUCUCAUACACUUUUCUGUGAAAACAUUGGCAAUUCAAAUGAAAGCCUUUCCCAGGAUUGUAAUAGAAUCUUACGCAAUGGCCGAUGCUCAGGGUAGAAGGAAAUCUCGAUCUAAACAUAUUCAUUCUGGUGUCAAAGAACCAAAACAAAAAAACAGAAUUUUGUUACUUUUUGAGGAAAAACCUCUUCAUCAAAUAGAUCUUGAUUUGCAAUACAAAAAGCUUCGUUUUUUCCUGGGGAUUCCUGUAGAAAGUAUGUCCCCUAAGCCAAAAACACUUCCCAAACAUAUUAUUAAAUUAAACACAGUUGCAAUAUGUAAAGAAGUAGAUAAUAGUGGAGAAAGUGAUAGUCUUUCCAUUGAUACAGAACUGUUAGAAAAACAUUGCUCUUUCAAAAACCACAGUCCCUAUGAAAACUCAUCAUUGAUCAGAAAAUUCCUGGAGCCAACCCAUGUGUGUGCUUCUAACCCUGAACAACGUGGAACAGUGAAGAAAGGCACUACAGCUUUUUUAAAAUCUCAUGUAACUCCAGAAAAAGAUAAACAAUGUCACGUAUGGUUUCAAGAAACAAAUACACAUGAAUCUUUUGAUUUAAAGACUCAGGAACAUGUUCCUAAUUUAGUUGAUUCUCAUUCAAUUCAGGUUUCUGAAGGUUUUACUGACCGUCAGACAUUUAUUGAGAGUUCCGCUGACUUGGAGGAGUGCUCAGUUCUUGAAGUACGUGAGAGUGAAGAAUGUUUGUUUUCAGAAGCCAACCCUUAUUUAAGUCAGGAAUCACAAAACAUUUCAUCUGAAUUACAGAAAGGCAUUCCUUUGGAAAAUGUCUACACGAUGAAAAAAAUCAAAACUGAUUUGAAACCAUUUUACAGUGAAGAUUCAGGUUCCCAUCAUAGUAGAGGCUGCAGAAAACAUUCCUCAAUUGUGACACCACCUUCCUACGAAUCCUGCAGAAGCAGGAAACAUAGGUCGUCGUCCUCCAAAAUGCAAUCUCCUGACUGGUUGUGUCACCGUUCACUCAACACUGUAGAAGUCCCAUUUGUAUCAUCUUCCGUUUCAUUCAGUGAAGAGAAGUUUUCAUGGAUUACAAGAAACAGAACAAAUUACACUUUAGCUCCCUUAACAGAAUCAAAUAUUAAAUUACAUCUUAGAAAAAGCCAAGACAAACCUCACAGACAUCUGGAAAGCAAAAAAAGAAAGAAGGCCAAAUUUGAUGUAUUUAGAAAGAACAUUCAUUGGAACUGUGAUUAUAGUUAUAUGCAGAGUAAAGAGAAAUGCACAAGAAAGAAGAACGCGUGUGGUGAUGAGUCAGAAAGAGUAGAUUAUUUCCCAAGCAAACACAGGUCAGCAUCAAAAUCUCAUCAAGAGGAUGGCAGCGUCCAUUCUGAAGGAAAACACAACCAGCCAUUUUUUUACGCCUGUAUGCCAGCAGACUCACUGGAGAUUAUACCCAAAACCAUUCGCUGGAUUAUUCCCAAAAAAACUUUAAAGAAGAGAAACGUCAGAGUUCCCCUAGUGGCAAAGAUUUCAAGUUCUUGCAGUAUAUGGAGUUCAUCCAGAAAGUUGUUGGGGUCACUCUUAGAGUCCUUUCACGCAGUUCAUCCAAGUUGA